CGCCCGGCGCGCCGCCACGACUCGCUCGCCGCUCCGCCCGCUCCGCAGCCGGCCGGCCGCUCCGCGUCCUCAAGUGCGUCUUCGCUGUCGCGCGCACGUCCGCUUGUGUGCGAGUACUCACGUGUGUGUUUGUGUGUGUGUGUAUAGUGCGUGCGCGUCACCCGCCCACCUGUGCAUAGCGCCGGGGGAGUUCAUAGGGGAUGUUGUCGGUGUCGUUCCAGACGGAAUACACAGAGGUGGUCAAGUAACUGUAAUCGUCUCCAACGGCCUCCACGACCACCUCGGCAGCGCUCAGCACCCCCGCCGGCCGGGGCAUGAGAUGACCGCCGGAGGCUGCCCCUCCCCGGGCCGCGCCGCCCCGGGCCCCUCCGCGAGGCCACCGCCAUGGACAACGAGAGCCAGGGCGCGCUGGCGGCGGCCGCGGGCUGGAACCUGACCGACGCCUGGCUCAACCACAGCGCCGCGCCGGACAUCAACUCCUUCUAUUUUUAUGAGACGGAACAGUUCACGCUGCUUUGGGUACUCUUCACUUUCAUCGUGGUGGGCAACAGCGCCGUCCUAGUGGCGCUUCUUCUGGGCAAGAAUCGAAAGUCGCGCAUGAAGUUCUUCAUCAUGCACCUCGCACUCGCAGACUUGUCGGUGGGGCUGAUCUCGGUGGGCACGGACAUCGUCUGGCGCAUCACGGUCGAGUGGAACGCCGGCAACGCGGCCUGCAAAAUCAUCAAGUUCCUGCAGUGCGUCGUCACCUACUCGUCCACCUACGUCCUGGUGGCGCUCAGCAUCGACCGCUACGACGCCAUCACCCACCCCAUGAACUUCUCCGGCAGCUGGCGGCGCGCGCGGAUCCUCAUCGCCACGGCCUGGCUGCUGUCCAUCAUCUUCUCCCUCCCCAUCAUCAUCUUCUACGAGGAGAAGCUCAUCCAGGGCCGCCUGCAGUGCUGGAUCCACUUCGACAAGCAGUGGCAGUGGCAGGUGUACAUGACGCUGGUGAGCGUCAAGCUGUUCCUGGCGCCGGCGCUCAUCAUCUCGGCCUGCUACCUCGUCAUCGUCAUCACCAUCUGGAGCAAGAGCCGCCUGCUCGUGCCGCCGCGGAGGUUCCAGAACGGUGACGCUUCUGACGCGGAGGCUGACAGCCGGAGAGCCUCCUCCAGGGGCAUCAUCCCCCGCGCCAAGAUCAAGACGGUCAAGAUGACAUUCGGCAUCGUUUUUGUGUUCAUCCUGUGCUGGAGCCCGUACAUCCUCUUCGACCUGCUGCAAGUGUUUGGCUACGUGCCCGAGACGCAGACCAACAUCGCGCUGGCCUCCUUCGUGCAGAGCCUGGCGCCGCUCAACUCGGCGGCGAAUCCUCUCAUCUACUGCGUCUUCUCCACGCACAUCUGCCGCAGCCUCAGGCGGGUGCCGCCGCUGGCGUGGCUGCUGUGCUGCUGCGGGGUGCCCUCGGGCCGCCGCCAGGAGCCCUCCCGCGGCCGCUGCUUCCGGUACCUGUACAGCGCCACCGACUCGUCCAGCGUCACCGACACGCUCACCAACCCCGUGUCCACACUGUCCUCCCUCAAGCAUCGCCAGCAGAACAACAUCCAGAACCUCAACAUCGUUGUCGUCAACUCGUCGGUGUAGAGCCGUGCGAGUGCUGGAGGCUUUCGAGUUAGAGACUCAGGGGCUGGAGGUGUGUGACGCGAGGCCACGCGAGGCCCACAGGGGUGGCAGUAUCCUAUCAGUAUUCAGUGAGCGAGAGCGCCGUGCCGCGGGGGUGGCGCGGGCCGAGAGGCGGGGCGGGACGCUACCGUCUGCAGCAGUGAGAGUGCGGCGCGGCAGACUGAGGGGCCAGGAGCAGAGGAAGAGAGGCUGAGCUGGAAGAGCUAUCGGCUAGCGGAGCAAGACACUCGACACCCGAUCGGCAAUGGAACAUGGCGGGCCGUUGUUUAAGUUUGGUGCGACCAUGAAUUGCCGAACUCCCGCCUUUUCUGUGAUUGGGUGUCACAUUGGGUUUCGUCGAGGGUUCGUCCUGGCCUGGCUCUGUUUUUGCUCGAGUGGCGUCUUCUGUGGAAAAGAUGGGAAGUUCAAGGCGAUAUUCCAAAAAGCAUUGUUUCUUUACGAGUUUGUGCAAUGUAACAGAAAUUAUAUUGUGUAUUUUUUGCUGCCAAAUUGGUUUGUAUUGUGCCAAACAAAGGGAGCACUGAUAAAUAAUACUGCUAAAUACUUUGAAGUAUUCAAAUAUCCAGUCGAACACUUAAAAGUGUCCAACAUAGUGUUGAGCACUUGCAUGUGCAUGCCAGUUGAGCACUUUAUUUAUCAGUGAGGGGGUUGGGGGAUCCACUGUCCCUUGUAAUAUAAAACUGUUCAGAACCUCAAACACAAGCUGCGCCUCUGUAUAGGCUUUUAAAAUACUACAUUCUCGUUCUUGAUUUCAGCUGUGUUGUGGCAUUGCACAGUGGUCCCGCGUCCCGCGAACCUACUUACUUUAAGGGGAAAAGGUGUCAGGUGACGGGAGAGGGUCAUGCGUCAACAGGAUUUGUUCAACACUGUCCAAAGGAACUGCCCUUAAGAGGGUUUUCAUCCGUGGCCUUCCUUUCCGGAGCUGCAUCAGCAAGAAAGAAAAAGUAGAAAUUUAGUCCAUUCCAUUAAGAUAAAAUACUGGUUGGACUUACAGUAGCUGCUCGUAAGACAGUUUAGAGCUGAAACUGUGUGAAAAAUUAAUUUUAUAAAAGAGUAUCCUUGUGACUUUUUUUUUUCUCUCGCUUCAAUACAUUAAAAGGCCUCAGCACUGCGUCCGUCGACAAAACAUAUUCUUUGGAGUGUGGGGAACACCGUGGAAUUGCGCAAAUUAACAUCCUGUAAAGGAUCAAAACAGAAUUAGGUCUUGGUAAAAUUUAGAAUAACAAGGAAGCCGAUACGGGGACUUCCCUCAUUGUGUGUGAGUGGGGGGGAGGGGGGGGGGCGGGGCGUUGUUUGAGUUUCAUACAAAUGCAAUAUUUACCACGAUAAUACACCACAUUGAAAGUUUGAAGUGAAUCGAAGGCAAAUUAUUAUGAACGGAAAGGACUUUUUGCUCAAAAGGGGGGAGUCAUGGGACCACUGUGCGUUUCAGGUGCGUUGUCGCGUCGGUUCGACAGCCAGCCAGUGACAAAUUCAUAUCAAAACGAUUACGUUUCGACGUCGUUUCUACCAUUUUGACACAGGUUCGAUGACAUUUCGAUGUCGAUUCAACUACAAUUUCUCUCUGGGAUUUUGCCCCCUGAAGCAUUGUAACAUUCCUUCCCCUUUCUCUCUCGAUCCUCGGACUAGAGUCUAGUUAAAUGAAAUGGCGCAUUUACUUCCGUGUGCAACUCCCCGUCUCCCGAACAAUAUAAGAUUAUCAAUCUACCAUUGAACGUUGGAAAGCAGUCAGCGUUUUAAGUCGUGCUUUUUUUGCCCCCUUUAUUUUAAACCUUUCAUGGACACUGGACAGGGAGGACUGUGAUAUUAGUAGCGUCUUUAAAAUAUGUUUAAAACCAGUUUCUAACUCAUUGCACAAACUCCUUAAGAAAUUUGCAGUUAGGAUUAAUGAAGCUGUCCUGUUGUAGAGGACUGUGAGAAGACUUUGAAGGGUUUCAGACUGAUAUAGGGUUUGAGGUAAAAAGCAUUUACUCAGUAUUUAGAUAUAAAAUGUGUCUACUGUAUUUAUACUUAACUCUUGUGAUUUUGUGCAUGUUUGUCUUAUUUUGUAUCAGACUGAAGUACGUACUUACUUCUUUCUCUAUCAAUGUUCCCAUUUGAAGGAUUGUUGCAGGACUGCGAUGUUGAAGUCAUUGUUUUGACCAACUAUCAAAUUAUAAUCAUAAAGCCA